AGUAAGUUGGUGCAUAUGGUAUUAAUUAGUGCUAUUAAGCAUGCUUGUGCUUAGCAUCAAUUAUUAAUUAUUAUUAAUUGCCCAUGAUUGGUGCGGUGGUUUAUCACUGUAGGUUACCUGCAAUGGUGCUCCUCUACUCAGCUCUCCAAACAUGGCAGCUUCAAGAAUUACAAAGAAAAUUAUGGAUGUCAUAAAGAGCAAGGAAACCAGGGAUUAUUUUAUGAGCACCCAUUUUUGGGGGCCUGUGGCCAACUGGGGCAUUCCGCUGGCAGCACUAGCCGACAUCAAGAAAGACCCGGAAAUCAUAUCGGGAAAAAUGACGUUUGCACUGACGUGCUACAGCGCCGUGUUCAUGCGCUUUGCUUGGAUGGUGCAGCCGCGCAACCUCCUGCUGUUCGCCUGCCACUUCACCAACGAGUGCGCUCAACUGACCCAGCUGGGCCGCUUUAUCAACUACGAGUAUCUGGGCGGUCGCGCCCGGCGGCUGGCGGCGAAGGCAGAGGAGGAGGCCGCGGCCGGCCCGGUGUCGGAGACCCCGGCCGCGGAGAGCGACCCGGCACCGGUCGCCGCCGCCGCUCCAGUCGUGCCCGAGUCCAAGGACAAGGUGAUAUUCGUCGGACAGAAAUAGUCUUCCAGCCGACCGGUUAGGCCUGAAUAACGAAUGCUAACGAUAUGCGUCUGCUCACCAUGGGCGGGUGGCGGGUUACCACUGGUUGGGAGCCCUCCCGUGGUGACGGGGUAGUGGGCCAUGGUGCCGACUGAUUCGGUCGUUCCACGUAGGGUCGCACAGUUGGGGCGCUGUGUCGGUGUGUGUGUGAGAGAGGUGGGGAGGGGCGGGGUUGUAAGGUCCGGUGUCUGCUCGAUGGGUACAGAGCGGCCACUGGCUGCAGGUGCCGGGCGCAGUGAGCCACAGCUGCUGGCCGUUUCUGACGCUCGGACUCGGCGCACACUGCCCGUCCGCUCCCGUCAGGGACGGCCGACCGGCACCCCGGCGACACGGGAGUCAAACGGUGAUCAGGGCGAAUUGAUGUCGAAAGAGUGAAUCGCAGUCGAUCCGUGUGAAUUGUCAAUUUUUUUCGUGAAAGUUCGUUGUCAUGCCAUUAUAAGACGAUGCUUGUUGGAAAGAUGUCGAAUAUUGGCCUUGUUAUCAGAUGGCAUUGACUUUUGUCCGUGUCUACUGACUUACAUCCUUUUGGUGCCCGUUUUGCUGCCGUGUGUUAGUGAUAUUGGCCGUUUUGAGCCGAUGGCCACUGUUCCACUUGUGAGAUCAGGUUGGAUUGAUUUUGGACACCCCAUGUGAAGUUUGGCAUUUGUCGUGCGCACCACUUUUAUAUUGACACGUUGUGUCGUGCCGACGAUGGUUUCGACUUUCGAGCCGCUACUGUUGAAUGGACAACUUGUGACCGUGAUCGAAAGGCGAAUGACUGGUGGAUUUUGCCAUGUAUUUGGUGCAAUAGACUGUGUAUUCCGUCGCCGGUUAAAUACAGGUACUUGCAGAU